CUUAGUUAAUGGUUUUUCAUCACCCACGAACCAUUAUAGUAGUCUUUAUGAUCAAUCAUCACAUUUUCCAUAUUUCGCUAUAUAUAGCUCUUUAGAGAGUUGAGCAAGCGCACUAAAGAACCCUAACGUUCUAAUUUCAAGAUGAAUACCGCAGUGUCUGUACCUGAAAACCCUUCUUCUUGUUCUAUGAGUCCUCUAAACCUUGAGGAGUUCAGGAGGCAAGGUUACAUGGCCAUUGAUUUUAUUGCAGAUUAUUAUCAGAAAAUUGAGAAACGCCCAGUUUUAAGCCAAGUUGAACCAGGUUAUCUCAAAAAUCUAUUUCCAAAAUCAGCCCCGUAUAGUCCCGAGCCUAUUGAAACAAUCCUCCAUGAUGUGCAAAAACAUAUUGUUCCUGGCAUCACACAUUGGCAAAGUCCUAGUUACUUUGGAUAUUUCCCUUCAAGUGUUAGCACUGCAGGGUUCCUUGGCGAGAUGCUUUGUACUGGGUUUAAUGUUGUAGGAUUCGACUGGAUGUCAUCACCAGCUGCUACUGAACUGGAGAAUAUUGUAAUGGAAUGGCUUGGAGAAAUGCUUACGCUUCCCAAAUGUUUUCUCUUCGCUGGAAAUGGUGGGGGGGUUAUACAAGGGACUACUUGCGAAGCCAUUUUGUGCACCUUAGUGGCUGCAAGGGACCGAAUGCUAAGCCAAAUUGGGAAAGACAACAUUGGGAAGCUAGUCGUCUAUGGCUCAAAUCAAACACACAGUGCACUUCAAAAGGCAGCACAUGUUGCAGGAAUCCAUAAAACGAAUUGUCGAGCAAUAGAAACGACUAAAUCAUCGUCAUUUGCACUAUCUCCAGAAUCAUUAAGAUUGGCUAUUUGUUUAGAUAUAGAAUCUGGGCUGGUUCCCAUGUUUCUAUGUGCCACCAUUGGGAAAACUGCUACCACAGCAGUGGAUCCACUGAGACCAUUAUGAGAUGUUGCUAAUAGUUAUGGCUUAUGGGUACAUGUCGAUGCAGCGUGCGCGGGUAAUGCUUUUAUAUGCCCAGAAUUCCAGCAUUUUCUUGAUGGCGUAGAGGGGGCACACUCAUUCAGUUUGAAUGCACAUAAAUGGUUCUUUACCACUUUGGAUUGUUGUUGCCUUUGGUUAAAAGAUCCAAAAGCUCUUACGAAGUCCCUCUCAACAAAUCCCGAGUAUCUUAUGAGUAACCAUGCAACUAAUUCAGAACAAGUGGUGAACUACAAAGACUGGCAAAUAGCCCUUAGCCGAAGAUUUCGAUCCAUGAAACUAUGGCUUGUCUUGAGAAGCUACGGUGUUCGUAACCUUAGAAGCUUCCUAAGAAGCCAUGUCAAAAUGGCCCAGCUUUUUGAGGAUCUGGUCGCCAAUGACAAGAGAUUUGAGGUUGUGGUUCCUAGAAACUUCGCAAUGGUGUGUUUUAGAGCUUUGCCACUGGCAAUAAGUAAAGAGGUGUCUGAAAAUGGCAUGGCUGUUUAUGGUCACAAAAUCUCAUAUGACCAGGAAUGCAGUAACCAGCUUAACCAGGAGCUGUUAAAGUCAAUUAAUGCUUCAGGUCAUGUGUAUCUGACUCACGCUGUUGUUGCUGGACUCUACAUCAUACGAUUUGCUGUUGGGGCAACGCUUACAGAGGAUCGGCAUGUUUUCACGGCUUGGAAGGUGGUGCAAGAGCAUUUAGAUGCCAAAACAGGUAUGUAGUAAGAUCAUUACCGUUGGAAAGUAUGUUGACUUUCCACAAUUGCAAGGAUCAACCUAAAAAUUUAUUGUGAUGAAUAACAAGAUUUCUAGGAGCAAUUCAAGAGAUUGAUUGGAUCAUCAUGUGAUAAUUAAUAUGUUUGGUUUAUUUCCCUUUCUGUCUGUAUCAUAUAUUAUUAAACAUGAAUCAUUUGUAAUCUCUUUAAUGAGCUAGACCUACUUUAAGAAGUCCAAACAAAAAUUGUUGCCAGCUCAUUCUGAAACAAUCAUAAUAUAAUUUGGUUUGUCUUUGUAUUAAA